AAGAAGUGGCAUGAGUGAUGAUUACGAAGGUAAUAUAACUUAUAAAUUUGAUUUAGAAACACCGCUGGCUUUCCCCUUUACUAUUUAUCCCGAUAAAGAACCACCGCAAACCAAAAAUAAAUUUUUUCGCGAUACUUCUGGAUUUUCGAUGACUGGCUAUAAUGAUAAACUUACUUUGGACGAUACCGAAGACAAGAUUUAUUUAGAAAUUUACCAUUUUCCUCAUUCUACUCUCAUCAUAAAACCCCAAGAAAUUACUUGGAAAAAUAAUCUUAUCCGCGUAAAAAUAGAACCGAAUAAAAUCCGUGAGGGAUUAGAAAUUAGGCAAAUAGAAUUAGAAGGCAAAA